AUGGCCUCUCGUCUCGCCCUCAAGAGCCUCCGAACAGCGGCUCUCGCCAGACCUGUUCCCAGAGUAGCUGCUCAAAGCGCUCGAUUCCUCGCUACUCAACCCACUCCCGAUGAAAAGGCUGAACAGAUCAUCAACUCGGUCCCAUCUUCUUCCCUCUUCACCAAGACUGGAGGUAUCCUCUUAGGUACUGGAUUGACUGCUGCUGCCGUCUCUUCUGAACUCUACGUUGCCAACGAAGAGACCGUCCUUGCUGUUGGUUUCUUAGUCAUCUUCGGUGCUAUUGCCAGCUCAAUCGGUGCUCCUUACUCUGGAUGGGCCAACGGACACAUCGAGCGAAUCAAAGGUAUCCUUAACUCCGCUCGAUCUGAACACACCAAAGCUGUUACCGACCGAAUCUCAUCUGUAUCUCAACUCCAAGAUGUCGUACCUCUCACCGAAUCUUUGUACGCCGUCGCCAAGGAGACCAAUGUCCUCGAACACGAGAACUUCAAGUUGGCUCAAGAAAACGCCGUCAAAGCUGAAUUGAAAUCCGUCUUAGACUCUUGGGUCAGAUACGAACAACAACAACGAGAGGCCGAACAAGCCGCUCUUGUCAAGACUGUUCAGGCUAACGUUGAAUCAGAGUUGGCUAAGCCAGCUUUCAAGAAACAAUUGUUGGAGGAAGCUUUGUCUCAAAUUGAACAACUCUCCAAGGCCAAGGCUAUCUAA